AUGCCUCUCGGAACUCGACUCGGUGUGACCCUUUCAAUGGUCAAUAAUGUGGCCAGAGACUCGUCAAACGACGACGAUGAUCAAUAUUGGCUAUACGAUCCCUCUCGAAAGCUAGCUGAUGUGGCAGCCGUCGUCUUUGCCGUCCUCGGCAUUGCUCAUUUGAUCCUUUUGAUCAUACGAAGAUACUGGUUCUGUUUGCCCUAUGCACUUGGAGCACUCCUCGAGGUUGCGGGUUAUGUCUUUCGAGACUUAUCAGCUCGGCAUCAAGACAAGCUCUGGCUCUACGCGGCCCAGCAAAUCUUCAUUCUCAUCGCGCCCGCUCUGUUCGCGGCCGCCGUCUACAUGACUCUUGGCCGCCUGAUCCGAGCCACCGGAUGCACUCACCUGUCUCCCGUCCGGGUCACCUGGCUCACCAAGAUCUUUGUCAUCGGCGACGUCCUCUGCUUCUUCGUCCAGGCCAUUGGCGCCAGCAUCCUCAGCAACGCCAAGUCCGACGACAAAGACAAGCAGAAUCUUGGCAAGGACGUCGCUCUAGGCGGUCUGAUCCUCCAGGUCGUCAUCUUUUUCUUCUUCAUGUUCAUCGCCGUCAAGUGGCAUUUCCGCAUGCACCGGCGCGUCAGUUCCAAACAUGCCAAAGCACUCUCGAGCACGAGGUGGGAGUUGGGCCUGUGGAUCUUGUACGUCGUGAGCGUCAUCAUUUCUGUCCGGAACAUCGUCCGUGUCAUCGAGUUCGCCGAAGGUGCCAAGGGGUACUUCUUCACCCACGAGUGGACCUUGUUCACCUUUGACGCCCUCCUCAUGGCCCUGGUCUUGGUCCUCUGCUACAGUUGGUACUUUAUUCUGGGUUCCUACAGGGACGGUGACAUGAUCCUGUCUCAAGAGGACGACUACGGUCCAUCCGAGACCACCAUGCCCCUUCAGCCCCCUCGACCCUACCAUGGUUUCGACUACAGCAGACCUAACAAUGGGUAUGCCUGAGUGAUGAACAGACGGCGUUUUCAGGGUUUGGUUUCGUUGGGGUAUUGAAAUGGAGUAAAGAAUAAAUGUGUGUAGAUACAUAUUCCGGCAAGCGAUGUUCUGGGAUUUUGGUUGUCCUGGCGAAGGAUGAUCAUCUGCGGAAAAAUCAAGGGUCAUGGGGCGUUUAGACAUGCG